AUGGAGACUACAUCGCAAACCCUACGCAGCUGGAUUUACGAAGCUGGUCCUGCUGCACUUACUCACGUUGACCAUCUACUUGAUAAGAUAAUAAAUCUGUUCAAAGAUGGAGGGGUACAGAAACAUAACAUACUCAUAUUAACAACAGCAGCAGCCAGUAUAGUCGCACUGUAUUUAGCUGCUGUUAGACGUUUGCGAUACAAGAAUAUCAACGCCAUUCGCGCAAAAUACCCCAAUCCUCAAGAUGUGCUGGACAAUAUCGAUAUCGCUCGAGAAAUUAAUGCUAUUACCACCAAAAAAGAGUUUCCUUUUCUCAGUCGAGAAGGCACAGAGCUGGCCUUAUUCAAAACUUUUACUAUACCUACCAUUUCAAGACUAUUGGUAGCUACAGGCGAAUUCAAAAAAGAUUGCACCCGCAGAGCAGAGGAUACCGAGCUUGUAUUGAUGGAGAUUACCGAUGCACAUGCCAGGAUUCAGAAGCAAGUUGCAAAAGACCCAAGUACACCUGAAGAAGACAUCAAAGCGCAAUGGCAGAGGUCUGACAUGGCAUUGAAAAGACUAAAUGAGUUGCAUGGGAAAUACAACAUCUUGAACGACGAUUACUUGUACACUUUAUCGUUGUUCAUCUAUGAACCUGUAUCGUGGAUCAAUCGCUAUGAAUGGAGAUCGCUCGAUGAGCGAGAGAUCAAUGCCUUGUUCCGCGUGUGGUAUGAUGUUGGUGUAGGCAUGAAUUUGCAGAAUAUUCCUGAUACACCAGCCAAAAUGCUUGCUUUUAAGAAUAAAUACGCUGAGGAGCACAUCACAUACGCUUCCAGCAAUUGGAAAUGCGGUGAGCCUACGUUCCGUCACUUACUAUCCAACAUGCCUGCAUUUUUGAGAGAACCCAUGUACAGCGUUGGCCUCCAUUUAUUGCCCUCUGUUUUGGAUAGCGCUGAUGCUAAAGCAUUUCAGCUGCCUGAAGAACAUGCGAUAUUGACAGCCAUAUUCAAAUCCGCCUUGCAUAUCCGAGCCUUUUUCAUUAGACAUUUCAUGCUGCCCAGAUCAACAUAUCUCAGUAGAACACCAUUUUAUCCAAACAAGGACGGAAAGUUUGUUCCUGAAUUCUUCUACUACAAGCCUCAUAUCUACAAGGAUGGUUACAGCAUUUCGGAAUUGGGCCCUGACAAGUUUAAAUCUGAGCAAGCAACUGGCACAACCUUAAAAUGUCCUGUCAUGCAUUAA